AUGACAGAUAGAUAUAGACCUAAUAAUUCUAACAACGGACCUCCUACAGGUCCUAAGAAGAGUUACAACAACUACCAAGGUGGUAGAAAUGACAAGCAUCAGGGUGAUUGGAAGAGUAAAGAUUUCAGAGGAAACAAUAGGAACUAUAAAAGUGAUCAUUACAGACCUGGUCAACCAGCGAGUAAUCAAUCAGCGCCUAAUAAUCAAUCUACUGGUGGUAAAGGGUAUAAUAAUGGGAAUUAUCACAACAAUAGUAAUAGAAAUAAUAAAGGGGAAUAUUAUAAAAAAGAUAGCGAAAGAGGUCCUCCACCGGCUGGUCCCAAAGGAUCUAAAAGGCCUCUUGAUAGAGGAUCAUAUGAAAAACAAACUAGUAGCUAUGUUCCAGGUCGUAACAACACAUAUGAACAGAAUAAGAAACCCAGAUUUCCUAGUGGACCAGGUCAAGGUAAUCGAUUCCCCACAGGACCUAGUAAUUUACCUAAAGGACCAAAACUGAUGGAAAAAUCCAAACCUUUACCCCCAAGACACCUUCCAAGACCUACCAAAUUAACCAAGAACCAAAUAUAUAUGAUAAAGACCAACAAACCAGAAAUUUUUGAAAGAUUUCAACAAGUUGGGGAAGGUACUUAUGGAAAAGUUUAUAAAGCUAAGAAUUCUAAUACCGGAGAAAUAGUUGCAUUAAAGAAAUUGAGAUUGGAGAGUGAAAAAGACGGAUUUCCUAUAACUUCUAUCAGAGAAAUUAAAUUAUUACAAUCAUUUGAUCAUCCUAAUGUGGUUGGAUUAUUAGAGAUGAUGGUUGAACAAAAUCAAAUUUAUAUGAUUUUUGAUUAUAUGGACCAUGAUUUAACAGGAUUAUUGACUCAUCCUGAUUUAAAAUUGGGUGAAAAUCAUAGGAAAUUUUUGUUCAAACAAUUAAUGGAAGGUUUAAAUUAUUUACAUCUCAAAAGAGUUAUCCAUAGGGAUAUCAAAGGAUCGAAUAUUUUAGUUGAUAGUAUUGGGAAUUUAAAGAUUGCUGAUUUCGGAUUAGCUAGAACAAUGAAAUUAUUAAAAGAAGGUGAACAUCCAGAUUAUACUAACAGAGUUAUCACUAUUUGGUAUAGACCGCCAGAAUUAUUAUUGGGAUCAACAGAAUAUGGUAGAGAAAUCGAUAUUUGGGGGGUUGGAUGUCUUUUGAUUGAAUUAUAUACUAAACAAGCCACAUUCCAAGGAUUCGAUGAAGUAAGUCAAUUGAAUAAAAUUUUCAAUAUUAUGGGGACACCUAAUUUUGAAAAUUGGCCAGAAAUUUCCAACUUACCUUGGUUUGAAAUGUUGAAACCUAAAGAUAAUAAAGUCAAUCAAUUCAAUGAAUUUAAAGCUAAAAUGACAGAUGAUAGUUUUGAUUUGGCGGAGAAAUUAUUAACUUUAAAUCCUCGCAAAAGACUCACUGCUUCACAAGCUUUACAACACGAAUAUUUUACCAAUGAACCAAAACCUGAACCUUUAUAUUUCUUAAAGGAAGUUAAAGGAGAAUGGCAUGAAUUCGAAACCAAGAAAAGAAGAAGAAAAGAAAGGAAGAGAUUGCAAGAUGAGAAAAAGAGAGAUAUUAAUGAUAAUAUUGCCCCAUCAGCACCAAAACCUGAAUCUAUGGCUCCAUCAACGUCAAAAAUCAAUGACAAUGAAAGUUCAGUAUCACCUAAUCAACUAUCUAUUAGUCGUCCUCAAUCGAUAAGACAAACUGAAGAGCCAGAAGAAGCUCAAGAUCAACAAAAACCCGAUGGUACUGUUUAA